AUGAAAAUUUUGUGUAAUAUAGUGAAUGUUGCCCAUUUUUUAUUAUUCUAUAGAUAUGUAUACAGUUUUAACAUCGCAAAACCUCCUUACCCUAAAUUCGAUGUCCUGGUCGUUGGAGGAGGCCAUUCAGGAAUCGAAGCUGCAACAGCCGCGGCGAGAGUUGGCGCAAAUACACUGUUAAUAACACCAGAUUUGUCUUCAAUAGGCGAACUGAGCUGUAAUCCGAGUAUUGGAGGAAUUGGUAAGGGAAAUCUGGUAUGCGAAAUUGAUGCCCUGGAUGGAAUAAUGGGAAUGUGUGCAGAUUUGUCAGCCAUUUCAUUUCGUUGCUUGAAUACAUCGAAAGGACCAGCAGUAGUUGGCCCGAGAGUUCAAAUUGACCGAGAUUUAUACAAAAUUAACAUCAGAAAAUUACUAGAAAAUUACAACAACCUCUCCUUCCUACAAGCACUAGUAGAUGAAUUAAUCUUGGAUUAUUCUAAUACUAGUGAAAAUAAUAAUUCACUAGAAAUUAAUAACAUAGUUGAUGUGAAAGAUCAAGUGAGUGUUAAGGGAAUAAAAUUGAAAGAUGGACAAAUAAUAAAUAGUAAGACUGUGAUAUUAACAACUGGGACUUUCCUAAAAGGACGUUGCCAUAUAUCUAAGGAAACACAUAAAGGAGGAAGAAUUAACCGUAUUAGCGGAAAAUUCGAACCCUCAUCAGAUAACUUGAGUAACGUAUUCAGUAAACUUGGAAUUAAAACACUAAGAUUCAAAACAGGAACCCCCGCAAGACUGGAUAGAAAAAGUAUAAAUUAUGAAGAAUUGGAAGUCCAGAAGAGUGAUGAAAAUCCAAAGUUCUUUUCAUACUUGAAUGAGGAUUUUAAAGUGGAAAACGAGUUAAUUAAUUGUUAUAAAACACAAACUAAUGAAGUAGUACACAACAUUGUAAGGAAUAAUUUGCAUAACCUACCGGAUUACACGUCAGGAUUAGGUCCAAGAUAUUGUCCUUCAAUUUCAACCAAAGUGACGAAGCAUCCGUCGAUAAAAUCACACAUAGUUUGGUUGGAGCCCGAGGGUAUAAACAGUGAUAUAAUAUAUCCAAAUGGAUUAUCUGGUUCAUUUGAUAUUGAAGCACAGUUGGAGAUUUUGAAAAAUAUAAAAGGGUUGGAGAAUGUAAAAGUAUUAACGCCAGCUUAUGAUGUUGAAUAUGAUCUGAUAGAUCCAACAAAUCUGAAAUAUACCUUAGAAUUAAAAAAAAUUAAAAAUAUGUUCUUGGCCGGUCAAAUCUGUGGAACUACAGGAUAUGAAGAGGCUGGAAGCUUGGGCAUAAUAGCUGGUAUAAAUUCAUCAUUGAAAAGUCUUAAUGUUGAUGAAGAAUUUAUAAUAAAUAGAAAUGAAGGAUAUAUCGGAGUAUUGAUAGAUGAUUUAAUUAGAAAGGGUAUAAGUGAACCAUACCGUAUGUUCACAUCAAGAUCAGAAUACAGACUACAAAACAGGAUAGAUAAUGGUGAUGUAAGAAUGUUAAUAAAGGGGAUAAAGUAUGGAGUUAUAAAAAAUAGAAAGAGGUUGGAAUUGAUGAAGACUAAGUAUAUCAAAUCAAUAAUUAUAAUUUCAGUGCUAAAAUCUGUUUCUAAUACACUUAAUUAUUGGGGGAUUGAUAGGAGCUGUAAUGUGUUUAAAACAGCCUGGGAUGCACUAAAAUGUGGUAAAAAGUUCGUAGAAAUUGUAGAUAAACUUGAUGAAUCAUUGGAUUCGGGGAAAACUAAAAGUUUUAUUGAAAAAUUCUCAAGCAAUUUGUUCAAUCUGCCAUUCUCUAAUCAUGAACUUAAGUCUAUAAAUUAUCUCCUGAAUUAUACAAAUAAAGAAGAAAAUGAAGAUAUUAUGAAUAGUAUAAUUAAAUAUUAUUUGAGAGAAAGUAAUAAAUUGGAGAUUGAGAGUGAAAAUUUAUUCAAAUUCCUUAAAAGUUUGAUAAAUAAUGUUAAAGAAAAUGUGAUAUCAUUUAUUGAAGCACAAGCUAAAUAUUCGUCAUUUAUAAAAAGAUAUAAUCAACAAUACCAAAGAGCAAUGUCAGGAAGAACAAUACACAUUAAUCAAGAUAUACAAUAUAACCACGAAAAUUUCAAAUUCAUGUCGAUGGAGGAGAUAGAAAUAUUGUCGAGAGAAAAGCCACAAACAAUACAGGAAGCAAUGGAACUUCCAGGAGUAACACCGGCAACAGCAGUACAAUUAGCAAAUUAUAUAAUAAAAGAAAAAAACUAA